AUGGACUCAACAAGGAUGUCGCCUAUCGCAAUGCCCCAGGCUCCGGCGCCGGCGAUGGUGUAUGGACCGGAAUUUGCGGGAGUCAACUUCGAGCAACCUACUGACAGAGCUGGUUUCGUAGAGGCCAAUGCAGCCGAUGAUGAUGCAGCAACCAACGGGCAGCUGUAUGCUGUGGCAUAUGUACGGGCGUCUGCUGUGCUGAGUGCUGCGAUUGCUGUUGCUGUUGCUGCUGCUAAGGAGGACAAGGCGAUGAGAAUGAAGCCAGCAGCAACCCAACCAGCGCGAUAUUUGGUCGUUACCAGAUCCUUGAAGGCGCAUUUGUUUUUCCCCGGAGUCAUGGCGCAGUUCAAGAAGACACUUUUACUGCUGAUGUUUAUCAUGGCGUGUUUUCUGGAGAACAGUAUUUUGGAUUUCAUAGGUGGAAGGAUAUCAUCCGCAUAG